AUGGAUCAUUUUAAUUUAGCUGGCGCAGUGGGGGUAGGUACGUUAACCGCUACAUAUUUAUAUUUUGGUGGGAGAAUCUCUAUAGCAUUGGUCAUUCUAGUCGGCUAUGGUAUUUACUGUAAUGAGACCGGCAACUGUGUUCAAGAGAAGUCUGUUUUGAACCCAGAUAUGAAGAAAUCAUGUUGCAGUGAUAAAAAGACUGCGGGUGAAGGAAAAAAGACUGGCGGAUGUUGUUCUGAUAAGAAAAGUACUGAUGGUAAUGGAGGAGGGUGUUGUUCUUCGAAAGGUGGAAAGAACAAAAAGUCAGGAGGGUGUUGUUCCUCUAAAGGUGGAAAGGAAGGAGGAUGUUGUUCCUCUAAAAAGAAGAUCGGUAAAAGUGAAAACGUUGCUCCAAUAGUCGAAGAAACCAAAAAAUUCCCUGUGACUGUGGAUUUCACAGACGUUUUCAAGAAGUCCACUAAGAAAAAGGCGAGUAUCCCCAAAGUUUUUUCCAAGAAAAGCUCGUCAAAGUCUAAAGUAGGUAAAAAGUUGGGCGUUUCGAAAAAAAUUGGUCCUGAUGGGUUGAUAAAGAGUGCGCUAACAAUUUCAAAUGAAACACUUUUAAGUUCUCAAAUCUAUGUGCUAUAUAGUUCCCUGCAAGGUGCAGCGUCGAAAGCUGCCAAGAGCGUUUAUGACAACCUAACAGAAUUGGAUGAAUUAAUUAAUAAGCCAAAACUUUUGAACCUCGAUGAUUUAUCUGAUUUCGAUGAGUAUUUUGUGGAGGUUCCUGUUGAAAAUGCACUAUAUGUGCUUGUUUUACCCUCUUAUGAUAUCGAUUGCCCCUUAGAUUAUUUCUUACAAACUCUUGAAGAAAACGCUAAUGAUUUUAGAGUAGAUAGCUUCCCAUUACGGAAGUUGGUUGGUUAUACGGUUUUGGGGCUUGGUGAUUCAGAAUCAUGGCCUGAAAAGUUUUGUUACCAAGCCAAAAGAGCAGAUCACUGGAUCUCUCGUUUAGGUGGCAGAAGAAUUUUUCCCUUGGGUAAAGUUUGUAUGAAAACAGGAGGUAAUGUCAAAAUUAACGAAUGGACAACACUGUUGGCAGAGACGUUAAAAGAUGAUGAACCAAUCAUCUAUGAGUACGAUGAGAACGCAGACUCGGAAGAAGAAGAGAAUGAAGAUAAUGGGGGUGACGAACUGGGUGAUGUGGAAGAUAUCGGCGGCAAAGACAACAAUGGUAAAUUUUCAAGUGCAGAUGAAAUAAAGCAAAUGGUGGCAAAAGACAGUCCAACGUACAAGAAUUUGACAAAGCAAGGCUACAAAGUGAUCGGUUCUCAUUCGGGUGUCAAGAUUUGCAGAUGGACCAAGAACGAACUUCGUGGUAAAGGAUCCUGUUAUAAGAAAUCACUCUUCAAUAUCGCAUCCAGUAGAUGUAUGGAAUUGACCCCCUCUUUGGCAUGUUCUUCUAAGUGUGUCUUCUGUUGGAGGCAUGGUACAAAUCCUGUUUCCAAAAAUUGGAGAUGGGAAGUAGAUGAACCAGAAUACAUUCUAGAAGACGCUCUAAAGGGGCACUAUUCCAUGAUCAAACAGAUGAGGGGGGUGCCUGGUGUAAUUGCAGAGAGAUUUGCUAAGGCAUUUGAAGUCCGUCAUUGUGCCUUGUCUCUUGUUGGUGAGCCUAUUCUUUAUCCACAUAUCAAUAAAUUCGUUCAAUUAUUACAUCAAAAAGGCAUAACCAGUUUCCUUGUGUGUAAUGCUCAACAUCCAGAGGCCUUGAGAAAUAUUGUUAAAGUAACGCAAUUAUAUGUUUCCAUAGAUGCACCUACCAAAACAGAAUUGAAGAAAGUGGAUAGGCCUUUGUACAAAGAUUUCUGGGAAAGGAUGGUGGAAUGUUUAGAGAUUUUAAAAACUAUUCAAAAUCAUCAAAGGACGGUAUUCAGGUUAACUUUGGUAAAAGGUUUCAACAUGGGUGAUAUUAGUGCAUAUGCAGAUCUGGUUCAACGUGGUUUACCAUGCUUCAUUGAAGUUAAAGGGGCUACAUUCAGUGGCUCAUCAGAUGGUAAUGGUAAUCCUUUAACUAUGCAGAAUAUUCCAUUCUACGAGGAAUGUGUAAAGUUUGUGAAGGCCUUUACGAUGGAAUUACAGAGACGUGGGUUGUAUUACGACAUGGCUGCCGAACAUGCCCAUUCUAACUGUUUGUUAAUUGCAGACACCAAGUUCAAAAUAAACGGAGAAUGGCAUACACAUAUUGAUUUCGAUAAAUUUUUCGAACUGCUAAAUUCGGGUAAAGACUUCACAUAUAUGGACUAUCUGGAAAAGACACCUGAAUGGGCAUUAUUUGGUAACGGUGGGUUUGCACCAGGAAACACAAGAGUGUACAGAAAGGAUAAAAAGAAGCAAAACAAGGAAACACAAGAGAAUUUACAAAAAGAUAUGCCUCUUCCUCCCAUCCCUGUUUAA